AUGGGGUUUCCGGUUCUUGUUUCCCUCAGCCCAAUAACCCCCCUUGGGAUUUCCGUGGUUCGAAGAAGAGGAGGUGCGAUUGACGAAAUGCGUCAAAGAGGAAGACAACGUCGAGAGGCUGAUGGCGAGGGACAGCAGGGAGCUGCACCCGAGGUUGGUCUGCAGCAUCCGGCAUUUCCCGGAGGACCUACUGAUACAUCUUUAUUGGUUAGAUAUCAGAGUCAUGUUGCCUAUCAUUUAUGGUUGGGCGAGGAGAGACGACCAAAGCCAACCUUAAAGGUUGCUGCACAUGGCAGCAAAUUAAUAGGAUGGGUUCCGCCAAUGCUCCCAAGGCAGAUGAAUGAUUGGCUAGUUGCAUCUGGUCUGUCAUCUUUGCAGCAUACUAGUUUGGCCAGGGUAGAUACACAUCUAUUAUCUGCUUUUGUUGAAGAGAUGGCAUCCUGA